AUGCUCCCUCCCACUCGGGCACGCCUGCCCGCUGCUCUGCGGAGCUUGUCCCGGUCUUCCACGACUGUUCGCACUCUCUCGACCACCCUUCCCCGCUUCCAGAAUGACGACAAGGCCGAUAAGGCCUUGAACAAGGUCUCCCGCAACAUUACCCAGCCCAUCUCCCAGGGCGCUUCCCAGGCCAUGCUGUACGCCGUCGGUCUGACUGAGGAGGACAUGAACAAGGCCCAGGUCGGCAUUUCGUCCGUCUGGUUCAACGGGAACCCUUGCAACAUGCACUUGCUCGACCUAAACAACAAGGUGCGCCAGGGUGUGCAGGACCAGGGCCUGGUCGGCUUUCAGUUCAAUACCGUCGGUGUCAGUGACGCCAUCAGCAUGGGAACCAGUGGUAUGCGCUUCUCUCUGCAGAGUCGUGACCUGAUUGCCGAUUCCGUCGAGACUGUGAUGGGUGGCCAGUGGUAUGAUGCCAAUAUCAGUAUUCCCGGCUGUGACAAGAACAUGCCUGGUGUUCUGAUGGCCAUGGGUCGUGUGAACCGCCCCAGUCUCAUGGUCUACGGUGGUACCAUUAAGCCCGGUUGUGCUGUGACCCAGAACAAUGCCGAUAUCGACAUUGUCUCUGCUUUCCAGGCCUACGGCCAGUUCAUCACUAAGGAGAUUACCGAGCCUCAGCGUUUCGAUGUCAUUCGUCACGCUUGCCCUGGUGAGGGUGCCUGUGGUGGUAUGUACACUGCCAACACUAUGGCUACUGCCAUUGAGACCAUGGGUAUGACCCUGCCUGGUUCCUCGUCCAACCCGGCCAACUCCCAGGCCAAGUACCUCGAGUGUCUCGCUGCCGGAGGCGCCAUCAAGAAGCUGCUUGCUGAGGAUAUCCGUCCCCGCGAUAUCCUGACUCGCCAGGCCUUCGAGAACGCCAUGGUCGUUGUCAACAUCACCGGUGGCUCCACUAACGCUGUUCUGCAUUUGAUCGCCAUUGCCGACUCUGUUGGCAUCAAGCUCACCAUUGAGGACUUCCAGUCCGUCUCGGACCGCAUUCCUUUCUUGGCCGACCUGAAGCCUUCCGGCAAGUACGUCAUGGCUGAUCUGUUCCACAUCGGUGGUACUCCGGCUCUGCUGAAGAUGCUCUGGAAGGAGGGUCUCAUUGAUGGCUCUGGUAUGACCGUCACCGGUGAGACUCUCGCCAAGAACCUGGAGAAGGCCCCCGACUUCCCUGAUGACCAGAAGAUCAUCCGCCCCUUCUCUGAUCCCAUCAAGCCCACCGGUCACAUUCAGAUCUUGCGCGGCUCGCUCGCCCCUGGUGGCAGUGUCGGCAAGAUCACUGGUAAGGAGGGCACCUCCUUCACUGGCAUGGCCCGUGUGUUCGAUAACGAGGACUCCUUCAUCGCUGCGCUGGAACGCAACGAGAUCUCUAAGGACGAGAAGACCGUGGUUGUCAUCCGCUAUUGUGGCCCCAAGGGUGGCCCCGGCAUGCCCGGUACGUAUCCAUGCGCCUAG